CAUUCAGCUUCAUCAUGGCUGGACACCUGCUGUUAGUCGCCCUCAUGUAUUCAUUUUCUGAGAAGAAAGCACAAGCUCUUCUUCCACCUAAACUGACGGUGAAUCCAGCGGUGAUCACAGAGACAGAAACAGUCACACUGAACUGUCAGACUCCAUCAUCUGUUUCUGUGUCUCAGUGUUAUUUUCAUAUUGAAAGAGGAAAACCAGGCAAAGUCUUCUCAUGUCUGAAGACACUGACAGGGACUGAGCUGCUGGAGAUGACACACCAGAGUUCACCUGCUGAGGUUAAAGUGACAUGUUUUUAUCUCUACGGUUCUUCAUCUCCUGACAGUGACGUUUCCUCCAUCAUCAUCAGAACAUCUCUUCCACCUAAACUGACAGUGAAUUCAGUGGUGAUCAACGACACAGACUCAGUCACACUGAACUGUCAGCCUCCAUCAACUGUUUCUGUGUCUCAGUGUCAUUUCUACACUGUAAAUGGAGGAACAGCCAAAGUCCUCUCAUGUCUACAAACACUGACAGCUACUGAGCUGCUGAAGAUGGCACAUCAAAAUUCACCUGCCAGGAUUCAAGUGACGUGUUUGUACACUGUAAAGAUUGGAGAGUUUAACUAUCCAUCUCCACACAGUGACAGGUCCUCCAUCACCAUACACAGUGAGUGA